CAGGUUGCAAAAUUGAAUAUGAUUGAAAUAUUCAAAAACAGACUUAUCAAGAUCAUCGAUGUGGUCCCUGUGUUGGACCACAUGCACAGCUUGGAACGUGAGUUUGUGGAAACCUUGAGAAGUACAGCCUCGCAGUCAAACAUAAGUGCCGCCAGAAUGCUGAUAGACCAUCUACAAAAAGGCCCCCAUAAACGUGGCUGGUUUGAAGAGUUUGUCAGUGCAUUGCAAGAAUCCGAAAACUCCCAAGCUUGCUUGUACGUGAAGAAAGAAGAUCUCCCAACCACACAGCAAGAAAAUAAACUUGACUGUUGUGAGAAGCUUAUUCACUAUCUUUCCCCGAAACUAGUGGAUUUGAUGAAUCCUAAUGAGGUCACCCCCAUUUGCUUUGAAAAAAAACUGUGCAGCCAGGAAGAUGUUGAAAAUAAUCAGCCCAUAUUCAGACUGCCUAUGGCCAAAAGUAGGCCUCAUGCACAUGAGGCAUUUAUGUGCGUCCGGGGAUUCCUGCAGCAAGAACCUGAGUGUGGGCGGGAAUCCCAGAUUAAUCAACAAAUUUCAAAGCAGCAAAAAAACAGAGAGCUUUUGAGUAGGAUCACCAAAAAGAAAGAUUGGUUUAGGCGUUUUGUUACUGUGUUACAUGAAAACGGCAAUCUGGAUCUAAUUAAAGAACUGACUGGAGUCACAUAUGAAGAAUUCAUAGCUGGUUGCAGUGAAGAAAGUGAGUCACAGGAUGAUGCCACCAAAUGCAAGAGAGAUCCCCAGGAUGGUACAAGUACUUCUGAUGGAAAUCUCGAUGUGACAGGUGACAGCAGGCAGCAUACGCGGGCAUACUCAGAGCCCACCACUCAGCCAGGUGAGUGCAAUGAACCAUGUGAACCUCUGCACGGUGCUGAAAAGUCCAAGAAGGAUCUCCAGGAUGACAAAGUGACUACUGAUGUAACAGAGGAGGAGACUGAGAAACACAAUGGGACACCAGACGAUAGCCUACUUGAUUCUUCAUUUGCAGAGAGCUCUGCUACAUCAGAUCUGGAUGCAAGUUUGUCUGAAUUAAGCUUGAAUAAAACAACUGAAAAUGGAGAGAUGAGCCACGAGUCAGAUAACGAGAGCACAGACCGAGCGUCUCCCAUUCCGGAAAUGAUCCUUCGAGACUAUCAGAUGGAAGUGGCCAGACCAGCUUUGAAAGGCGAAAAUGUUAUUAUGUGUUUGCCCACAGGAAGUGGGAAAACUAGAGUGGCCGUGUACAUCACCAAGGACCAUCUGCGCAAGAGACAGGCAGCGGGCUUGCCGGCAAAAGCUAUUGUUUUAGUCAACAAGGUUCCAUUGGUUGAGCAGCAUUUCAAAAGUGAAUUCCACCCAUUCCUAAAAGAUUCCUACAAGGUCACCAAAAUUAGUGGAGAUUCCCAGCUAAAGAUUUCCUUUCCUAAAAUGGUGAAAGAGAAUACUGUCAUCAUAUGCACAGCUCAGAUACUGGAAAAUGCAUUAAUCCAGGCAGCUGAAAAAAAAGACGAAGGGGUCAGCCUGUCAGAUUUCUCCCUCCUUAUCAUUGAUGAAUGCCACCACACUAACAAGGAUGGUGUCUACAACAACAUCAUGCUGCGCUAUAUAAAGCAGAAAAAGAGGAAUGAGAACAUUCGCAAGACAGAAGGCCCCGCAAAAAUGGUUUCUCUUCCUCAGGUUGUAGGGCUGACAGCUUCACCAGGAGUAGGAGGAGCCAAUCAAAGUACAAAAGCUGAAGAGCAUAUUUUAAGGAUAUGUGCUAAUUUGGAUUCUAGGAUCAUGACUGUUAAAGAACACAUAGAUCAGCUCCAAAGACAAGUUAAACUUCCAUGUAAACAAGUUGACAUUGCCGAAGAUAAAAAGAAGAAUCCUUUUGGAGAUAAACUAAAAAAGAUGAUGAUGGAGAUUGAACAGUUUGGAGAUUUGUCUUCUACAUCUGAGCAUGGAACACAAUCUUAUGAACAAUGGGUGAUUCAGAAAGAAAAAUCAGCUGCCAAAGAAGGCAAUCGCACCCAACAUGUCUGUGCCGACCAUUUGAAGAGGUAUAACGAUGCUCUGCAGAUUAGCGACACAAUCCGCAUGAAUGAUGCGUUAAGUCAUCUAGGGAAGUUCUACAUUGAAGAAAAGAAAAAGAUCUUGCUCCUGCAGGAGACAGACGCUGAAGGAGUUUCUAAAGAAGUUGACAAGACCGAUAGUUAUCUCAUCAAUUUAUUUUACAAAGAAAUAAAUAAUCUGGAACGUCUAGCAGAGAAUGAAGAGUAUGAAAAUGAGAAACUUACUAAGCUCAGAAGAGCAAUAAUGGAAGAAUUCACCAGGAAUGCCAAAGCCAGAGGGAUCGUAUUCACAAAGACGCGCCAAAGUGCUGCCGCCCUGUGUCAAUGGAUUAGCGACAAUGAGAAAUUCAAGGAAGUGGGCAUCCGGGCACAUUUCCUGAUUGGGGCAGGGAGCAACAGUGAUUUCACAUCUAUGACUCAGAAUGAACAAAAGAAAGUAAUCCAUAAAUUCACCACUGGAGAACUUAACCUACUUAUCGCGACUAGUGUGGCUGAAGAAGGUCUUGAUAUCCCAGAGUGCAACAUAGUGAUCAUGUAUGGUCGAAUAACCAAUGAAAUUGCGAUGAUGCAGACACAGAUUCGGGAACUCCAGAGUCAAAACAUUGUUGAGAAGAGAGUGAAGAAAAGGAAAAACAUGCGUAAGGCGUAUCAGCAGAAUCCGCAUUUGGUGACCUUCCUGUGCAGAAAGUGCCAGAAGCUUGCUUUUUCCGGCAGCGAUAUCAGUGUGAUAGAAAACAUGCACCAUGUCAUUCCAGACCAAAAAUUUAAGAACAAGUUCAAAAAAGGGCAAAAUAAAACACUUCAAGAAAAAUUUGCUGAUUACCAAACAAAUGGUGAAAUAAUCUGCAAAGACUGCGGACGGACAUGGGGAACGAUGAUGGUGCAUAAAGGAUUGGAUCUACCUUGUCUUAAGAUUUGCAAUUUUGUCAUUAAGUACCAGGAUCAGAAAAUUACCAAUGAUACUUUGGAAAUUUGGAGCGAACUUCCAAUUAAGUUUCCAGCAUUCCAAUACGUGGAGCCUGAUGAUAGCGAUGAUGAUUGAUAAAUUCAAUACAUGAACCACUAUCAGAUUGCUUUCUUUGUUGCUUAAUCUUGCAUGUUCAA